CACAAAGGGCCAUAACUAAGAGUUCACUUCACUUACCUUGCAGGCCACACGAAAAUGGAGCGAACAAGUAGCAUUAGGAGAAAAGCCAUGGCCAGACAACAUAAAGGAGAAGUCAUGAUUGCUGGAGAACAACUCAGGUUGAGACUACACAAUGGAAAACUAAUCAAGGACCGACUCUACCACCUGCGCACAUAUCCUAACUGCUUUGUGGCAAAGGAACUUAUAGACUGGCUUGUGAGCCAUAAGGAAGCUCCAGAUCGAGCAACAGCUGUCUGCUUAAUGCAGCACCUCAUGGAUCAUGACAUCAUUCACCAUGUCUGUGACAAGAGGCCAGUAUUGAAGGAUGCCAAACUGCUGUACCGUUUCCGUAAGGAUGAUGGCACAUUUCCAUUCAAUACAGAGGUGAAAAUCUUCAUGCGAGGACAAGGACUCUAUGAACAUCUCAUCGGGGACGAGAAUUCUAUUCUGCAGCUAAGAGAGGAGCAUGGUGUUGCAUAUCAGCACUCCUUUCCUGGCUGCCAAUUGAUUGACUGGCUCCUCCAGAACGGAGAGGCAGAGAGCCGGCGUCAGGGAAUAGAGCUGUGCCGCACAUUGCAGGAGCAUGGCAUCAUUCAGCACGUGGCAAAGAAGCAUGAUUUCUUUGACAGUGGACUGCUCUAUCAGUUCUGCAUCAAUUUUCGCCGCAGACGCCGCCUAUCUGAAUUGUUAAAUGACAGUGAACAAGAUGCCAACGAAGGUGUGGCAGUGUCGACACCAGAGGACAACCUUCCUGAUAAUCCAUUUGUUCUGCGCCAAAAAAAAGGGGGCAACUCUCCAACUUUCCAGUCUGUGGGGUCAAAUAAAGAUCUGAAACAGGUUACCAGUGGGCGUCGAAGCAGUUUGAAUUCCCUUCAGCUUCACUCUGCUGGAUUUCCACCUCUUGUCCAGGUGGCUUCAACUUCAGUGGUAUGCAAUCCUAAAUCAGUACUUAAAAGAAAUUAUACAUGUGAAGAGUUAUUGGCACCUGGUGCACCUUUCAUCAAGAGAGUGUUGACGGUGAUAGGAGAUGCCCUGGGCUGGGGCUUUGUUGUCAGAGGCAUGGCUCCCUGUUAUGUGCAGGCUGUUGACCGUGGAAGCCCUGCAGCAGCUGCUGGAGUUAAGGUGCGUCAGUUUGUGUGCCAGGUGAAUGGACAGUGUGUCCUCUACCUGGACUACAGGAAAGUCUCCAGACUGGUGAUGACAGGGCCUCGGACUGCUGUAGUGGAAAUUAUGGAACCACUGGAAUGACAACUGUCAUGAAGUCUAGCUAUUGUUUCAGACACAACUACAUUUGCUGGAACUUAAAUAUAACAUGGUAAAUUGUAUUAUUUUCAACUGUAUAGGCUACUAGCAUGGCAGAGUUAAUAUGUGCUCGUCAUUACUGGGGUGGGGGAUCAAUCAGUGAACGUGAUUGAUUAUCUUGGUUGCAGCAAGAGUAGGUAAACUACAUUACAAAUGCUGUGGUGUUUGUAUGAACCUCAAUUCCUAAGUAAUAAAUGUUAACUUUUUAUGACUGAAAAUAAAAAAAUUGCAUUAAUACGAA